AUGAGUGCAAAGAAAUGUGCUCGCGAGGAAUGCGGGAAGACAGUGUAUCCCAUAGAAGAACUUAAGUGCCUAGAUAAAGUUUGGCAUAAGGGAUGUUUCAAAUGCACUGUAUGUGGUAUGACAUUGAGUAUGAAGAACUACAAAGGCUACGAUAAAAUGCCUUACUGUGAACCGCAUUAUCCUAAGACUGUAGCCUCCGUCGUAAUGGAUACACCAGAAAUGAGGCGUGUUGCAGAGAAUACAAAGAAUCAAAGUCAGGUUCAAUAUCACGCCGCCUAUGAAAAAACUAAAGGAACUAAGAUUGAUGUGGCAGACGAUCCCGAAAUGGAGCGGCAUAGAAAGAAUAUGCAGGCACAGUCGCAGGUAGCCUAUACAGGAGAACUUGACAAAAGGAAAAAAAUGGAGGAGGUUCGUCCCACAUUCGUGCCAGCCGAAGCUUCUGGCAAAUCAAAAGAGGCAAAAGAGGAAAAAGACGAUAAAGAGGCAGUAGAGGAAAAACAGGCAAAAGAUGCAAAAGUGGCAGCAGCUCCGUCGAAAGGAGCUAAGACUGCAACAGCCAAAGCAACGGCCAAAGCAGGGGCCAAAUGA